AUGUCUCUGGUGAGAGUACCGUUGACACUGUUUGUGGCAUACAACUUCAAUGUUGCUGCCACACCGCUGCAUCCAGCACCUUCUGAGGAGGAGCGCCGGGUUUAUGAGUCUUGGGAAACAGGACUUGUCACUGAGGUAUGGCCACGGGUACAGAGGGCUGUCAUCUGGAUGGGAGCCGUGUGCGAGUCGUCUGCGAUUCUGGCAUAUAACUUCCCCUACCGACCUAUAACCGAUCACAUCCUCUCCGCCUUGCUCCCAGCUGGGUUGCCUGGCGCGGCGCUUCAAGUCACCCCAGUCUUUCUGCUGGGCACAAUUAUGACCACGGUCGGCGCUUACAUUCGUUGCUCAUGCUAUCGGGCGCUCGGAAAAUUUUUCACACACCAGUUGUCGAUCAGGAAAGACCAUCAGCUAGUCACGACAGGCCCUUAUUCGGUCGUACGCCAUCCCAGCUAUGCAGGCGCUGCUAUAUUGUAUCCAGGGAUACAACUCUGUGUCUUUGGCCGUGGCUCGCUAUUGUGGGCCUCAGGGCUUCUCAAUAGCAGAUACGGCAGGAUAGUGGUGGGAGUCGCCGCCGCAAAUGCCGCAUUUAUGGGUGUAAUGAUUGUGAGCCGAUCUCUCGUCGAGGAUAGGACGUUGAAGCAGCAGUUUGGGGAAACGUGGAGUCGCUGGGCGGAGAAAGUACGGUACAGGAUCAUUCCCUACAUAUUUUGAAUCUCGAAUGGUCAGUUCACGUCAUGUUUCAUUUCCCGUCAUUUGACGAAUAUCUCUAGUAUCUGAACUAGUAAUUUCUACACGACGCUUUAGCCAAA